GGAGCGGCCCUUGGUAAACGUGGAGCUGUCAUGGCGGCCCGCAGCUGAUCCACUUCCUGUGCCGGUGCGGGGUACGGCAGCAGGCUGAGGGGCAGGCGCGGGCUGCGCACAGCACUGACGUGUAAUGCGGUGACAGAUGUAUUUUAGGGGGCCCGCCGUGGGGCUCACCUUCUGCUCUUUGUACUUGGCCUUCUACUUUACCAACAAGUAUGUUCUGUCUGUUCUGAAAUUCACCUACCCUACCCUUUUUCAAGGGUGGCAGACCUUAGUGGGUGGCGUCUUUCUUCACAUAUGUUGGAAGCUAGGCUGGGUGGAGAUCAAUUGCGGAUCCAGGGCUGACAUUGUGGCAUGGCUUCCAGCAUCCGCAUUCUUUGUGGGCAUUAUUUAUGCAGGUUCCAGAGCCCUGUCAAGGCUGACCAUUCCUGUAUUUUUGACAUUGCACAAUGCAUCUGAAGUUGUGACCUAUGUAGUCCAGAGAAUUUUCUUCAGAGAGCAGACUUCUUACAAGCGAUUGUCCAGUGUCACUCUAUUGCUCAUCUCGGCUGGAUGCCUUCCAAUACACGACCAACAGUUUGAUGCAGACGGUUAUUUCUGGGCUGUCAUUCACCUGGUUUGCUCAGGAUGUUACAAAGCAUUCCAGAGAUCUCAGAAGUCAAGUUUACUGAGUGACAUUGAUCAGCAAUAUAUAAACUAUUUCUUCAGUGUUUUAUUUUUGGCCUUUGCUUCACACCCCACUGGCGACCUGAUUAGUGCAUUGGAAUUUCCCUUCCUCUAUGUCCAUACAUUUCACAGCGGAUGUUGUGCCAGUGGAAUUUUUGGGUUCCUGAUGAUGCUACUGUCUUUGAAGUUACGGAGUAGUCUGUCUCCUGCAUACCAUCUUUCAUGGGGUUUCCUUGCUAAGGUUCUUACAGCGGUUUUAUCCCUUUUUGUAUUUGAAAUAACCUUGAACGUUCCUCUGGCUAUAUGUUUCCUGACGUGUGUUCUUGGGGAGGCUCUUCUUGUGUAUACAGAGAAGAUGGGUGGAUGAGAAGAUAUUCAUGUACGUUUUUUGUCAGAAUUGGAUUUUCCAUGAUGCCAUCAAGCAAGCCAGAACUUUCAUUGAUUAUCUGAUGAUGGUCUCACAACAUGUUCUUAUGCACUAUUUACUGUGUUCAAGGGAUGGUAGAUGCAGCUGACUAUUGCAAGAAAAAGAAUUAGAGGGAGAAUAUACAUGACUACAACUGUGCAAAAUUAUUAUGCAAGUGAAAUAUUAAUACAAUUUCUGUAAAAUUAGCAUUAGUUUUGUUUUAUUUCUCAUCUUUUUAGAUGUCUGCUAUCAAUCUUAGCUUUGUUAAUUAGAUUGCGAGGUGAUCUUGGUUAAAGGGAAAGUUAUUUAAAGAGCGUGUUCCACAUUAUUAAAUAAGUCAUAGUUCUCAUGUAAUAUGGGGAGCAAGAAUGACCAUUCUGAAUGUUGAGUGAAAUAGUACAGUGUUUUGCAAAGGCAUGAAAACAACUGAUAAACUAUUUCACAAAAGUUAGUACACCCCUCACAUUUUUGUAAAUAUUUUAUAUCUUUUCAUGGGACAACACUGAAGAAAUUACACAGUGUACACAGAAAUUAACAGUGUAAAUGUGUUGUGCCCUCAAAAUAACUCAACACACAGCCAUUAAUGUCAUAAAGCUGCUGGUGUCUCCAAAAUGUCACAAACCUAUUGAUGAAGGAUCCUCCGCAGGCCACCCCUAAACAAAGCUCACAGAGAAGCGUUUGCAGUGGGCUCAGAAAUGCAAUUUUCAAAUGGUUAUAUUCCCCGAUAAAUGUUGUAUGAUCUUGAUGGGCUAGUGAACGGCCACCCUGUUCCUACAGGACUGCAACGUCAGCAAGGGAAUGGCGGAGUGAUGAUUUGGGCUGGAAUUUGCCAAGUGAAAAGGUAGGGUCCAGGAUUGUGUCAAAAUGAACUCUGGGUUAUA